UCUUAUUAAAGGCGGCGUGGAGCUUAGCUGAUAUUAUUGCUUAUUUUUCCAACACCAACCCGCCUCAGCUGCAUCUGAUAUCCAUUAUGUCCGUAGCUUACGGACCCGCAUUAGGUUAGGCGAUCUAUUUGAUUCAUUAUAUUUAGUACAAUGUGAUCGUUGUACGAGUUGGUGAUGUGACAGAGGUCAUCGCAGUAUGCACAAUAAACCAACCUAUAACCAACCGCUACACGCAGGAUUUAUGUACCAUCGGCCAACGCAUAUUAUCAGACAAGUAUCAUCAGACAUACCUUCAAACAAUAUUCUUCAAAGCUAUCACGUUUUCUAACUGUCGGGAAAAAAUAAUAAAUUAAUAAAUCAUGAAGCUUUCUACUCCUCUCUUAUGGGGGUUUCUGACCGGGUUGCCAUUAGUCCUUGCGGGCGCUAACUGUAACUCACUUGCUCAACGUUUGCGGGUCGAAUUAUCACCUCAUCUGUCGGGCGAGAAUCUCAUAUCCGCGACAGCACCGCCACGUUGGAGCGACUUUGAAGCGCCGGACCCGGGUGCUGUUGUCAAUGUUGCGACUGAAUCCGACGUUGUAGCUACGGUCAAGUAUUGCGCAGAACGCAACAUCCCCUUUUUAGCUCAGAACGGAGGUAAUGGAUGGGCCACGACCUUCCACCUGGACAAAACUGGCGUAAUCAUCAACCUAGCCGGUCUAAACGAAGUCACGUUUAACGCCGAUAAGACCCAAGCGACUAUCGGCGGUGGCUCCAACGUCAGCAACACUAUCGACCAUGCUUACGCCGCCGGAGCCCUGGUCGUGACGGGGAAUUGUAAUUGUGUCGGCACGCUCGGUGCUCUGUUGGGCGGCGGCUACGGCAAUCUCGUAGGGAAAUACUCCCUCGGAGUCGACAAUAUUCUCUCGCUUCGCGUCGUGACCGCCGACGGCCUGCUUCGCAACGUGACGGCUACCUCGGACCCGGAUCUUUUCUGGGCGCUCCGAGGCGCCGGGCCUAACUUCGGCAUCGUCACCUCCGUUACUGUAAAGUCGUAUCCUGCCUCGGAGGAGGAAAUGCAGGCCUGGACAGGCAGCUUGGUAUAUGGCGAACACCAGCUUGAGGAUGUCGUCCAGGCCAUCCAAGACCUCGUGCUUACUCCGGAUAUGGUCAUAUUCCUGUAUCUACUCGCAGAUCCGACUACCGGCAGCCCAGCCGUAAUCGCGGCGCCCUUCUUCUACGGCGGCAACGCGACAACGGGCAAAGCCGCCUACAGCAGCCUCUACGCCAUCGGGCCCGUCGCGGAUUCCACCAGCGUCAAGCCGUACAACCGCUGGAACGAGGGGUCGGACGGGCUGUGCACGCGCGGCUCGUUCAAGCCCGGGUGGGCCGCGGGGUUCCAGGACAUGGUGCCCGCGACGUGGCGCGGGAUCUGGGACGCCUACGUCGCCUUCCAGAAGCUGCCCGGGGCCGCCAACAGCGGCGUGCUCCUCGAGGCGUAUCCCCUCGGCAAGGCGCGGUCCGUGGCUUCCGGCUCGUCGGCCUUCCCGAACCGAAACGUCAAUCUCAACGCGUUUGCUAUCCCUUGGUACAACGACUCGUCCUUGGAUGCCCAGGCGGCCGAGUUUGGGAAUACGGCGCGCGACUUGUUACGGUCUACGAGCGGCCUGUCGCGGCCCCAGACUUAUGUAAAUUUCGGCUACGGCGACGAGGAUCUUGAUGUGAUAUAUGGCAGCAGUCUUGCUAGACUGCGGGACAUCAAGAAGAAAUACGAUCCCAACAAUGUGUUUAACCAGUGGUUUAAUAUAUUGUGAAAUAUUAUUGUAGGUACCUACCUUAGGUACAUACUUCUUAAUUCAUAACUCAAACGAUGAUAGGGAUGGAAAUAAUUAUACAAAGAAUUAUGUACCUAAUGUAUUUAAUUGUCAAUAUGUAAUAGAGUUACUUUAUGCUAGGUAUCAAAUCAAUACGGCAAGGAAACUAAUAGUCUA